AUGUCGGGCACGUACACACACCACUUCGAUUCACCAACAUUCAAGGGGACGUCGACUAUCCAUACGGGACUAUUUAUCGGAGGAAAAUGGGUUGACCCAGUCGAAGGUGGUACCAUUGAAGUGGUUAAUCCAGCUACGGCAGCCGUCAUCACCGCUGUCGCAGGUGGAACAAAGGCAGAUGUAGAUAUCGCUGUUGAUAUUGCUAAGAAGGCGAAUUUGUUGGAGAAGAACAUUGAUGAAUUCGCAGCUUUGGAGAGUCUUAACACUGGAAAGGUCUAUAUGUACUCAAAGCUAUCUGACAUUGGGUCCACGAUUCGAGUCCUGAGGUAUUACGCAGGCUGGGCGGAUAAAAAUCAGGGCAAGGUUAUUGAGACCAAAGAAACCAAGCUCGCAUAUUCAAGACACGAGCCUUAUGGCGUCGUCGGUCAAAUUAUUCCUUGGAACUUCCCUAUGGCUAUGCUCUCGUGGAAAAUCGGCCCUGCCCUCGCCACUGGAAAUACGAUAGUUUUGAAGCCUUCUGAGGUCACGCCUCUCACUGCUCUUAGACUGUGCGACCUCAUAAAUGAGGCCGGCUUCCCUCCAGGAGUAGUCAACAUUGUGAAUGGAUAUGGACACACUGUUGGACAGGCAAUUAGCGAGCAUCCCCUUAUUGAAAAGGUUGCAUUCACGGGAAGCACUCUUACUGGGAGGAAAAUAUUGAAGGCAUCGGCUGAAACUAAUUUGAAAGUUGUCACAUUGGAAUUAGGAGGGAAGAGUCCCACAGUCAUCUUCGACGAUGCAGACCUUGACUUGGCUAUCAAGUGGGCAUCCAGUGGCAUCUUAAUUCUAGUACAGGAAGGCAUAUAUGAUAAGUUCAUAGAAAGCUUUAAGGAUGUUGCGAAAAAGCUUUCAGAGGGAACAGGAGACCCUUUCACUCCAGGGACUCUUCAUGGUCCACAAGUCUCCAAAGUUCAAUUUGAUCGCGUUAUGAAUUACAUUGAAUCCGGAAAACAAGAAGGCGCCAAUGUCAUUAUUGGAGGAGAGCGGCACGGCGAUCAAGGCUACUUCAUCAAACCAACCCUCUUCACAGAAACCACUCCUCAGAUGAAAAUUGUUCGAGAAGAGAUCUUCGGACCGGUUGCGGUAAUAAUUAAAUUCAAAACCGAAGAGGAGGCUAUCGAGAUUGCCAACGACACUGUCUAUGGUCUAGGCUGCCAUGUUUUCAGCCAAAAUAUCAGUCGCGCCAUUAGGGUAGCUCAUGCUCUCGAGGCAGGUAGCGCUUGGGUAAACUGCGCGCAAGACACGGAGGUUUGCGUGCCGUUCGGGGGAUACAAACAAUCUGGCAUUGGUAGAGAACUAGGAGAAUAUGCUCUUGAAACGGGUGCACAUCAAUAUCGGAAAUUAGCAGAUGAUAGGGAAAUGCUCUGGAGAAUAUGUCACGAAGAGAUUGAACGUGUUCUAUAUACUGUUUACCAGUGA